CCUAUAAUUCCUUCCCUUCUGUCUCUCUCCGGCAUAUGACCACAGAUGUUGCGCCGACUAAACCAAACUUUCCAACUUUUUCCUGUCUCCUGGGGUCUGUUCCCUUCUCCUGUAAUUCCUUCCCCUUCUGUCUCUCUCCGGCAUAUGACCACAGAUGUUGCGCCGACCAAACGAAACUUUCCAACUUUUCCCUGUCUCCUGGGGUCUGUUCCCUUCUCCUGUAAUUCCUUCCCCUUCUGUCUCUCUCCGGCAUAUGACCACAAAUGUUGCGCCGACCAAACAAAACUUUCCAACUUUUUCCUGUCUCCUGGGGUCUGUUCCCUUCUCCUGUAAUUCCUUCCCCUUCUGUCUCUCUCCGGCAUAUGACCACAGAUGUUGCGCCGACUAAACGAAACUUUCCAACUUGUCCCUGGUGGUUGGAAUUAUAUCUCUAUCAAAAAAGUUACUAAAUCAUUAUCAUCAUUAUUGUUAGUUCCUUUUGUUAUUAUUCAGAACCAAUGUACAGGUAGAAAGAUCCACUUUGUAACGAUUGUCUUUAUGAGCGGUUGAAGGUUAUCACAGUGAUGGGAUCGGGAAGGUAAUUUUAAGGAAGUCUUGUGUAUAAGCAAUAACUGACAUCUCUUCAUUUAUGGAUCACUGUAAGGAAUAUAUGUACAUGCAGUAUUUUGGGUCAAUCUGUAUUUUUUGUAGCAAUAUUGACUGAGAUGAAAUUUUUGGGUUUUUUCUUUGAUGCCUGAGAAUGUCCCACCAUGUAAGGCGUGCCGUCCAUCUGUCUGCUGUGAUCCUCCUUCCACGCGCCACACAGCUUAAGAAGAAUGUGGAGGAGGUGGAGAAACAAAACCCCACGGUGAAGGAAGACUCAAGAUGGUUGUAAGGGAAGUUGAAAGACCAAAUGACGUCAAUGUCAGUGAAAGUCGUAUGAUUCGCCAGUGGGCCGUCAGUCAGGCAGUGGUGCCCAGCCAAGAGAGGAGCUGUCCCGAGGGUGAGACGGGCUGUCGGUGCGCGCCAAAAAGUGAACAGCACGAGACGAGUGGCGGAGUCUGUCCCUCACCGCCCCCGCCCGCACGCCCUCACGCCCGCCGCCCACCCCGACACAAGAUGGCAGAAGUUGACCAGCAGUUCCCCCAGCAGUCCCUUCCCCUCCCCCACACCACCACCACCACCGCCACCACCGAGGACUUAGAGGACGCAGAGAGGUCUUACAGCAGCGAUGAGACCUCCCGCUCCCCAGCCCGGCCCAGCAAGUCUCCAGACCUACCCGAGGAGACCAGCGGAGAGGGGCUGCCUGGGACUGAUGGGGGGAAGGGACUGGAUGGAGAGAAAGCCUUGGUGAGCUCGGAGAUGGAGGAGGAGGAAAGCAAGCUGGAGGCAGAGAACAGGGAGGAGGAGGAGAGACUUCGCUCCAGCCUGAGGGAGGAAAGAGAGAAGGAAAACGCUAAGGAACAGAGGUACAAACGCCUUAUGCAUUUGCUCUCGAAGUCACAGUUCUACAGCGAGUUCCUUCUCAAGCAGAUCAAGUCACAGAAGGCCGCCAGCAAGGAGAGACCUAAAUCAUCGCAGGAAGGCAGUGAAGCUUCAAGUUCUCAGUCUGAUGGUAGUGGGGGAGGCUCGCAGGAGUCCCAGGGUAGCGGAGGAGGGAAGAGGAAGAGAGGAGGAGGAGGAGGAGGAGGAGGAGGAGGGAAGAGAAGGAAGGAGGAUAAGAGUUACCAGAUCACUGAUGUUAUUGACGAGGAUACAGUGAAGAGACAUGCAGAGGGCGCCAGGGAGGAGGAGGAGGAGGGGGAGGCCGUCGAGAGGGUCAAGCAGCCUCGUCUGUUUGAGAAUGGUGUGAUGCGGCCGUACCAGCUUGAUGGCUUCUCCUGGCUACAAGCGCUAUACCUCAACGGCAUCAACGGCAUCUUGGGUGAUGAGAUGGGGUUAGGGAAGACCAUUCAGUGUAUUGCCCUCAUCUGCCACCUGGUCGAGCAAGGGGUGUCUGGGCCCUUCCUGGUGGUUGCUCCGCUCUCCACUCUGCCAAACUGGAUGUCGGAGUUUGAACGAUUUGCCCCCAAGGUACCGACGCUUCUGUACCACGGACCAGAGAGUGACCGCAUGGAAAAGCGACGUUUGAUCAAGCGAGUCGUACGUUUGGAGGGCUGCCCCAUGCCUGUACAGCCUGUGGUGGUGACUUCCUAUGAGGUCGCCAUCCGGGACACACGGGUGCUACAGCAGUACACUUGGCGCUACGUGUGUGUGGAUGAAGGUCACAGACUCAAGAACCACAAGUGUCGGCUGACCAAGUCACUCAACUCCUUCACGGACACCAACCGCCUCCUUCUGACCGGGACACCCCUUCAGAACAGCCUGGCGGAGCUCUGGGCGCUGCUGAACUUCCUGAUGCCGGAUAUUUUCGAUUCGCUGGAUGUCUUUGAGUCUUGGUUUGACGUGACGGAGAUGCUGGAGGAAGGCAGCAACGAGAGGAUCAUUCAGGAGGAGAGGGAGAACCAGGUUAUCUCCACGCUGAUGAAGAUCCUGAGUCCGUUCUUCCUGCGCCGCGUGAAGAAGGAUGUUGAUCUGGGCAUCCCGCCAAAGAGGGAGCUUUUGGUCUACACCCCCAUGACCAGCCUGCAGGUUAAGCUCUACGAGGCAACACUCACACAUAACGUGGAGCUUUUCGAUGCCAUGAAGAGGAAGGAGGAGGAGGACCAAGUUGAGUAUGAUGAGAAAGGGCGGCCCAAGAGGAAAGCAAAGAGGGCUCCGGGCCACCUCUCCCUCUACCUCACGGAUGAUCAGCAGUCUGGGGAUGAGGAGGAGGAGGUGGACAGGCUGAGGACCUUCUUCCAGGCCAGCAUGAAGAGUGACGAUAGGAGAGCAAGUCAGAUGGUGGCCAAGUCUUCCCAGGUGAGGGUCAGGCUACAGAACAAGAUGAUGCAGCUCCGGCGCAUAGUCAACCACCCCUACCUCAUCGAAUACCCUCUCAACCCUAAUGAAACCUUUCGGGUGGAUGAGGGUCUGGUGGAGAGCUGCGGCAAGCUACAAGUCCUGGACCAGUUGUUGGGUGAGCUCUUCUGCCGGGGGCAUCGAGUGCUUCUCUUCACCCAGAUGACCUCCCUUAUGGACAUCCUGGAAGACUACCUCACCUUGCGACCCCAGUACAGGUACCGGAGGCUGGACGGCAAACGGAAACUGGAGGAGCGGCAAAGUGACAUCCGGGAUUUCAACCAGGCCGGCUCGGAUGACUUUCUCUUCCUUCUGAGCACCCGCGCCGGAGGACUCGGAUUAAACCUCGCAACCGCCGACACUGUGAUCAUCUACGACUCAGAUUGGAACCCGCAGUGUGACCUCCAGGCCCAGGAUCGGUGCCACAGGAUCGGCCAGACAAACCCAGUCCUCGUCCUUCGCCUCAUCACCGCCUCCAGCAUCGACGAGCGGAUAGUGGAGCGCGCCGCCAUGAAAAGGAAGCUCGAAAAACUGAUUAUCCAGAGCGGGAAGUUCCGGGCGGCCAACCAGGGCGAGCGAACCUUCCAGCAGGUGAUGAAUGAAGGGGAACUCCUGGCGCUGCUGAAGGAGAGGGACCACGAGAGGGAGCACAGGGCCAGCAAGGGACAUGUGUUCACCCAGAAGGAGCUUGACCAACUCCUCGACCGCACCGACCUGACCUCCGCCGGCAAGAGGAGGAGGAGGAAAGAGGAGGGAGAGGAGGAGAAGAAACUGGAUGGUGUGUUUAAGGUCAUUCUGGAGGAAGAUUAAGAAGAGAAGAGAGGAGGAGGAAGAAGAGAGAAGAGAGGAGGAGGAGGAGGAGAGAAGAGGAGAGGUUCUGCUUAGAGUGUGUGUGAGAGAGAGAGAGAGAGAGAGAGAGAGAGAGAGAGAGAAUAACAACAUCAAUAACAAAAACAACAAAUGCAAAAGCAGUUAAGGAGAAAAGAAGCAAAGAAGAAGAAGAGGAGGAGGAGGAGGAGGAGACAGAAGGAAGAGUUGUAUCUGUAUGAGAGAGAGAGAAUUUGACCCCAUGCAACAAGUUUUGAUCUUACUUUAUAAACUUGUGUUGAAUCUAAACUGUUCUACUUGACGUUCUUUUUCUUGUAAUUCCGUAUCUUUAAAGGGAAAAAAAAUAUGUUUGAGGGGCCAAUUCUUCCUUACCGAUGUGUGUGUGUGUGUGAGAUUCUCCUUCCCCCAUAUCCCAUCACUGCCUUUGCGUUCAUCUCCUUUGCAGUGUAUUGAGUUUCAGUAUUGAUAAACAUUGCCAUUAUUAUUAUUAUUAGUAGUAGUAGUAGUAUUUCUUAAACUCGUCAGUAAUAUUUUCAAUGAUUUAUUUUCCUUUUUUCUUAUUUCCGUUCUCAUAAUUUGUACUUCAGUUUCUAUACAGCGCUGUUACUUAUCGCAGUCAUUAGUCAUUUCUGCUUACAGGAUAUAUUUGCAGUUAUUCAUUUCAUUUCCGUAAACAAAUAAGGAUAAUUACUUUUUUUGUAUAUCUCUCGGAACUUAUAUUUUCGUAACUUAUAAGGUUAUCCGAGUAGUUGUUUUUGAAUGCACACGUCGUCACCUUCGUAAACAAACUCCCCAAGUCAUUUUCUCUACUUGGUGAGGAAGAAAAACCUGUCCCAGUUUCUCAGUUGGCAUAUACAUAGUUUUUAUUUGUUCUGUGUAGGAUUGGUUAUGACGACAGCGGCUGAGUCUGGGUGUUCACUAUCGCGCUGUGGCAACCUGCUGGCACAUGGCUGGUCUGAUUUUUUGGAGAGAUAGUUGUCAUAUAUUUUGAAUUUUUCCUUGUACCUCACACACAGUUUAUUUUUGGUUUGCCACAACAUCAAGAGUUUGUUUCAUUCCACACACAUUGAUUUUGAAUUUUUUCCUCAUACUUCACACACAGUUUAUUUUAAUUUUGCCACAACAUCAAGAGUUUGUUUCAUUCCACACACAUUGAUUUUGAAUUUUUUCCUCAUACUUCACACACAUUUUAUUUUAGUUUUGCCACAACAUUGAGUUUGUUUCAUUCCACACACAUUCAGGUUCAUUAACUUUGCAAAGAUGUCUGUAAAUGAUAGCCAAUGCAUAGGAAGCAGUUAUCAGAAUAAAUGAUACGCAGCCAGUAAUGAUGAAUAGUGUCAAUUAUGGUUGAUUUUGAGUUGGAAAUUAUAAUGUUGCAGAUAGUUGUUUUGUUAAUAUAUAAGUUUACUGAUAUUAUAUCAUUAAUUAUUAAAUAGCCUUGGCACUGCCCUAUGAGAGAGGAGUAUUAGAAAACAGCUGUGCUCUGUGACUAUUGAUAAUUUUAACCCGGUAGCAGCAGGGAUCAUGUUUCUUAAUGGUCCCUCUAAGCGAGAAAAAUGAGAAAAAAUCACCCCUCACACAAACCAUUUCAUAAUAUAUAUCAAAGCAUUUGUGAUCAGAUUAUAUAUCAUCUAUUUUGGGGGGUUUAAAUCCUGGCACAAAUUUAGCCCGUCGCUGCUACACGGUAAAGCCACAAAUUUGGCCCGUCGCUGCUACCCGGUUAAACUAAAUCAACCGUAAUUGAUGUUAUUCGUCAUUGUUGCUGCGUAUCAUUGAUGCCGACAACGGUUUCCUGUGCGUGGGCUGUCACGUGUUAUCCAUGGCAUCAGGUUGCCGGGCUCAUGACGGCUAGUGACUCAUAUUGCUGUCACUGAGUGAAUGUCAACUUAUCUUUUUAUUAUAAUGAUUUUUUUAUAUGCAUUUUGUUCCUAGUUUUCCAUAAUUAAGGAAGGAAGCACCAUUGUUACUUUAUGUACAUAUUUACACCCUGAGGCCACAGAUAGUUUUGUACUGAACUUGUAUGGAAGAUUAUAAUAAACUAUUUUGUAAU